CAGCAAAUGACAGAUUGCCCGAAUGCUGCUCAGAUAAGUGAAAAGAGUAGACAGACCCCAGCACUGAGGCAAACAAUCAGAAUUUUCAGCAGUGAAACCAUGCAGAAGUAAAAGACGGAUAUGGAGGAUUCAAGCCAGCAGUUACUAGUGAGAACCUUCAGGAAUCACUGGGUGUUUCGGACCAGAGUCUUUCCCUGAUAUCUAUCGGGUGCGCCCAGCAGGAUGCCUAUAGGGUGGCUCAAAGGGGCUGAGGUGGAGAACUCAGGCCUUGCACAUUAUGACAGAAAAGACGGCUCUGAUGGAGAAACACAAGUUGGAGAAAUACAACAAAGUAAAAGUGUUACUUAUGAGCUCUUGAAAUUGGUAAACUACCCAGGUUUUAAUAUAUCUACUCCCAGAGGAAAUCCAGGAGAUCGGAGGAUCUUUGGCUCCAUACCUGCUCAGUUGAGUCACUGAAGGAUGUACUUGCCAAUUACCUUGCUUCUAACUGAACGCCCCCAGCAUGAACUCUAGCAGCAAGAGGUCUUCAUCUCAGUAUUCUCUGGUUGUCCAAAGACACAGAAGAAAGAAAGCACGCCCAUGUACCUGUGGACAAGCCUUUAACUGGGAAGAGCUCAACCUCCCUGUUCCAGAGGAGAAAACACCACAAGAGUCAACAGUGGAGGAAUCUGAGGCGCCAGACCCUUGCACAAAGAGCGCCAAAGUUGAACGUCCCUUGCUUGAGUCAGCUCCUGAGCCCACAUUGGUUUCUGAGAGGGAAGAGGAAGACUCCGAAGGUCUGCUUCCGGGUAAUGGCAGUGUUGUGUCAAACUGUGACAUCAAGAACCGGGGUAGCCAGAAGCUCCUUCGUGGAGACACCAGUCCUUCAACAGCCACUAAAAUUCACCGCCCUAUCCCUGAUGUGACUGAGCCUGCAUCUAGAAUAGUGCCAUUGGAAUUUACAGUACGGAAGGGGCAGAACCUGGCUAAAGAACUCUCCCCUAAACCAGCUGGAAGACAAAAAGGCUUCUGAAUAACUAACUACAUGCCACAGCAGCAACAGCUAUUUAAUCAUCUAUGGAACUGUGCUCUGCU